CGUAGAAUCUCACUUUCAGAUCCUGCUGUAACCAACGAACGGUAGCGCUAAACACAAACACACAAGUGCUAAAAAAACAUCAGAGAGAAAAAUGCCAAGCUUGCCACGAACCACAAACGAACUGGACAAUAUGACCAAGGAAGAGAGGCCAUCACAAUCUCAGAGGAACGACUUUAAGUGGCGGCUUCAGCGCAAGAUCCUGAGAAGCCAAAUGUCAGAGAAACAUAAACCUGUGGAGAGCCAGCAAUGGUCACAAUCUCUAGAAACUCUUCUUAGAUCAAAAUCUGGUAAAACAACUUUCCAGGCCUUUCUCAAGUCUGAGUUCAGUGAUGAGAACAUUGAAUUCUGGAUGAUCUGUGAGGACUUCAAGAAAAUCAAGUGCACCUCUAGGCUAAGCUCCAGAGCCAAGAAGAUAUUCGAACGCUACAUCCAGGCUGAAGCUCCAAAAGAGAUCAACAUUGACCACAAAACCCGGGAGCACAUCAAACAGAACGUGCAGACCCCAACGAGGUAUUGCUUUGACGAGGCCCAGAAGAUCGUCUUUAGCCUUAUGGAAAAGGACUCGUACCCCAGGUUCCUCCGUUCUGACUUCUACAGAACCCUUCUGGAAUCAGUCGCAUAAGGAUUAAGAUGUGAAGGAUGCGGCUCGGGAAAAGAGACCUGAAUAACCUGGUGGCUCUUCUUUAAGGGCUACGGCAGAAGAGUUCGAAAAGGACGAUGGCAAGGGUUGGCCUUGACUCUGGGCUUGGACAGCUGGACUGAUAUGGAUGCUCAGAACUCUGACAUUGGUCACUUCUGCUAUUGAACUGGCCUCAUCUACCUACAUCUGUUUCCCCGCUGCCUUGCUGUUCUGCUACACUACAUAAGUGGAUGAGGUACAUGCCCAAAAAGCUAAAUGGACUGUCAUAGGAACUACAACGGCAAAGUUCAUGAGUUAGUUGGUACUUUUUGUAAGAUGAGGAAAGUCCCCAUGGUUAUCUUUGUAUACCACUUCCACUGAUACAAUGCAUCAUAAAUGAGUACACUGUGAAAUUUCAGCAAUCUUAUUACUUGUCGCACAGUACAUGAUGAUGUGAGCAAUAUCUGGGCCAAAUUCUAUAACAGAUUACUUGAUAACGCAUGGGAGAUUUUUAUGAUAAAGAUAAAGUUAUUAUGUUCUGCUUAUGUCAUCAAUCAGUGUGAUCUGGGUCAUGGAGAAAGUGACCACAUUCUCCUAAUGGUGACUUUUAGAUGAGCAUCGUAGCAACACUUACAUGGAGAUCGAUCAAAACUUUCAGACACUGCCAGAACUUUGUGGUCAGCCAUCUUCGGUUAUAAUGGAAUUAAAUGGUCCACUAGUGUUCACAUCACCUUGUCCAUUCUAAGUCCACCGAUUAUAACUCUUUAACAAUGUGUGAUUUUGUCCAUGUCAGUAAAAACAAGCAGAAAAUCAAACAGUGUAAACCCGGCUUUAACUACACAACAAGCAGAUAACGUUUUAAUGUUUUGAGCAACGUUUUAUGUUUCACAUGACAGCAUAAUUGUGGCGAGAUAAUGAUUUCUUUUCUACCAAAAUUGAAAGAGAAGCAUGGGCACAGCUCUAGAUAGAUGUACCAGUACUUCAUUGGACUAAGUUGCCUUUUUUAUUAGUAGUUAGUACUGGAAUUUAAAAUGUUUUUGGGAUCUCCAGACAAAAGGACAGUCGAAAGGAGGUCAAACUCCACAUGUACAUGCAAACAAGACAGGUCAGUGACAUUCAGUAGCUCCCUUAUAGAAUUGUAGAAAUAACUUAUAUCAAUGGUGCAAAAGGUAUGACUUGUGUAUAUACAUAGAUACAUGUUUUAAAAGGAAUUACUUUUAUAUAUUGUAUAUACAUAUAUUUUUGUUCAUUGUUUUAAAUUAUGACUCCAUUAUGGACACUUUUUUUUUUUACUGGUUAAUGUUGGAUUUCAAUCUCCACAGAAGGACAAGUGAAAGGACUUGUCUCGUAACAAAAUGGCCUACAUCCAGUAAACCACUUAGAGUGCUUAAGAUAUUAUUUAGUGUAAAAGAUGUAAAUUUUUUGUAGUGCUUAAACAUUUUAGUUCAUUGUUUUAAAUUAUGAUUCCAUUAUGGACAUUUAUUUGGGUAUUUCACUGGAUGAAUUUCCCCAAUAUAUAAAUAUAUAGAUAUAUGAAGACUUCUCUAACUCAUACUAAGACAUAUUGAAUAUAUACAAAUAAAAACAUUCUUGUCCUCA